AUGCAGGCGGAGCGCGACGAAAUCAAUCACGCUGCUGUGUUGGAGGCGCCGGCGUGCAUGCCGGUCGACCUGGCUAAGAUUCGUCCCAAACUGUUCCUGGACGACAUCCUGAUGCCCCCCGCUUGGCACGGGUGCGUCUGUUCUUCAGAGCAGACGACGUUGCUUCCAUCGACCAGGAUCAUCGCGACCUGGUCAAGGCGUACAAGGACGAGCCCGGCAUCAAGGCAAUCAUCGAUGCACACUCGCCUUGCCACUACCUAUCCUGCCGACAAGGCGAGGGCCAAGUCGUACUGUAUAACAAUUGCCCAGCCUCAAGCGUGCGGGUACGAACAAGG